AUGGCCGAUUUUGCUUCGGUUAUGCAAAAAGUGGACAAGCCGCUGCCGCCCGACGCUCGGGUGAUGGGCCUCCAGCAAGACGACCUGAGGCUGUACAAGGCCCGAUGGAUAAUUCUGGUCGUGUACAUGCUGUACUCCAUGGCCAACGCCGUGCACUGGAUACAGUACAGCAUCAUAUCCAACAUCACGGUCAAGUUCUACGGUGUGUCAAACUUCGCCAUAGACACCACUUCCACCAUAUACAUGAUCGUGUACGUGCCCCUGGUCGUACCGGCGUCCUGGGUUCUUGACCGACUGGGUCUUAAAGUGACGAUGGUGAUGGGCGCUGCCGGCACAUGUCUGGGCGCAUGGAUUAAGGUUUUUUCUGCUGUGCCGGGUCGAUUUAUGAUCACGCUAUUGGGACAAGGUUUGGUGGCGUGCUCACAAGCAUUCAUCCUGAGUUUACCGUCCAGAUUAGCAGCUGUUUGGUUUGGAUCUACCGAAGUCUCCACCGCAUGUUCUUUAGGAGUUUUUGGCAACCAGCUAGGAGCAGCACUUGGAUUUUUAAUACCACCGAUGAUAGUACAGGAUAGCGACAACUUAGAAGAAAUAGGAUAUGAUUUAUGGAAAAUGUUUAUAUCCUUUGCUAUUUUGAACACUCUAGUAUUCUUUUUAGUUAUUUGGAUUAUACAAGCCGAACCACAUAUAGCCCCAAGUAAUGCCCAAGUUGUACAAAGAAAAAAAAGAGACGACCCGGCAAUAUUACAAGACGUAUUCAUGAGCUCGGUUAAAGAACUGCUAAAAAACAAUGGAUACAUUUUAUUGCUUAUAUCUUACGGUAUUAAUGUCGGUGCAUUUUUUGCUAUAUCAACUUUGCUCAACCAAUUUAUUUUGCUCUAUUUCCCAGGUCACGAAAAAGACGUCGGACGAAUUGGCUUAACAUUAGUACUAUGUGGCCUAGGUGGUUCGAUUAUAUGUGGAUACAUUCUAGAUAAAACACAUCUCUAUAAACAGACGACUCUGAUGGUUUACGGCAGUACAUUGAUCUCGAUGUUAAUCUAUACGUUCAGCCUGUCGCACGGUCAAUCUAUUUGGAUAAUAUACAUUACGGCUUCGUUAUUGGGGCUGUUCAUGACUGGAUAUCUACCCGUCGGCUACGAGUUAGCCAUCGAAUUGACGUACCCAAUUCCGGAAGGCACGUCCAGCGGUCUAUUAAACGGCGGAACCCAACUGAUUGGCUUCAUCCUAACGUCGAUUUACAGCUGGGUGUUCAGCACCAUGGGUGAUUUGGCGGCCAACAUGAUGAUCGUCGGGUUGCUGACUUUCGGGUUCUUGUUGACAAUAUUCAUACCGACUGACCUGAAGAGGCAGGCCGCACACAAAGCGAUCGACGAGAAACAAAAAUUGGAAUUUGGACUUUGA